AUUCUAAAAUAAAGAGAGACUGUGAGAGAAAGGAGGAAGCCCUUAUUGCCCUGGAGAGCGGGGUGAUUCUGAUACCCUUUGCUUUCCAGAACUGCCUCCUCCCUUGGUUGCUCAUGGCUUCGCAGGAGAAGCAACAAGCUCAGCCCUUCGCAGACAUCUUUGAUGAAGAUGAAGCUGAGAAGUCCUUUCUGUUGUCCAAACCCACCUGCUUUGUUGUCUUUGGAAAGCCAGGUUCUGGAAAGAAGACAUUAGCCAAAAGACUAGCACAAAUAUGGAAAUGCACUUUCAUAGAAGCUUCAGAAGUAAUUCAAGAGAAUAUUCGUGAAGAAACAGAAGAUGGGCUUAAGUGUCAAGAAUUGCUGUUUAGAGGUCAAAGCGUUUCUGAAGAACUGGUUACAAAAAUGAUUCUGAAAAAGAUUGAGUCACCGGAAGUUGCUCAUUUUGGUUAUAUUCUCUGUGGAUUUCCUUCUCUCUCAGAGGAAUACAUGACUAUUCCACAACAAAUAGAGAAAAUAAAAAAUCUAAAAUUAAAAGCAGAUUUCCUGAUUAAUAUUAAGUGUUCAGACUUCGACUUAUGCAAAAGAUUAUCUGGACAAAGACAGCGUCCUGAUUCAGGGCAGCUAUAUCAGAAGAACCAGUGGGAUCCUAAUGUUAUUGAAAAACUUAAGAAAAUGAAAGAUGARCGUAAAGACGAGAGUGAAGAAGAACUGGAAGAGCAGGAAGAAGAAGUGAUUGCAGAAGAUCCAUUUGAAAUGUCAAGAAUUUUGCCUGAGUUAGUUCAGAGGCCUGAAGAUAUUCGUGAAAAUGCUGAGGAAAGAGUUAGGAUAUACAAGGACAUAAUGCUCCRUCCUUUGGAAGACUUGAUGGCUGAGCAGGAUUCUCUAUAUCUUAUUGAACUGGAUGGAAAUAAGCAACCAAAUGAUCUCUUUGCAUCAGUGGUAGCCCGACUUCAGUCUAUGGGUGUUCGAAAUGCAGCUCCUAUAACUAGACUUCAAAGUCAGCAAGAAGAAACAUUAGAGGGACUGGAAAAUGAUGAACUUUUCCGGGUUCUCUCAUCUUGCAAACUAAUAGCAAACAGAUACCGAUGGCGUAGAAGCAGGUGGGGACAAGCGUGUCCUGUGGCUCUUAAGGAGGGUGAUAUUGUAAUGGGGAUACCAGACUUGGCUGUCAGUUUUCUAGGUAAAAUGUAUGUACUAUCCUCCUCAGAGGCCUUGAAAACAUUUAUGUUGAAUCCGCGGCCUUACUUGCUACCACCAAUGCCACUUCCUCCUUGUAAAGUACUAGUAUUUGGCCCCCCACUGUCUGGAAGAACAACCGUUUGUAACCUGAUUGCGAACAAGUACCAUGGAAAGCCCCGGCAGAUUUCCAAGAAUUUACUAGUGACAAAGAAGCAGAUGGUUCUGAAGAAACUGUUAAAUCUGGAGAAGGAACAGACUUGAACGAGAAUCUUACUGUUGUAAAGUCUGACAUGACCCGAGAAGUUUCAUUUAGACUCCUGCAAGAACUUCAAAGAUGCUGCAGGUGAAAUGAUAUUGAAACAGUAUUUCAUUYACCUUUCACAGUGUAAUAUUUUACAGGUGUUUUGUUUGUUUUCRUUUGAAUGAAACAGCAAAGACAUUUGUGAAGAGUUUAAAAGAAAUCUAUAUUAAAAAUAUGGUGUUUUUUUA